AUGUUUUUUGACCUGUGCCCAGCGUGUUGCACUUACUCGGAAGACCCGGGAAACACGACGGUCCAGCGAGUGGUGACUGAGAGUUCACUGGCCCCCGUCCUGCUGCCCGGCCCUGGCAGCCCUAGCAGCGCUGGCAAGGAUGAAUAUAAGGACCUGCAAGUGGUGUGUCCUGCACCUGCGCUUGAUUCACGUGAUCUUGGCCCCGCGGAACCCACAGCCCCGUCCUCCGAGGCGACAGCAGUAUUGCCGCGUUUCCAGUUUGAUCAGGCUGAGAUUCUGGGGUUAUUCAACGUGAGCUUCGACUUUCGAGAAGGGCAGCUCCUUGGCUUGGAGUUUGACAUGGUUGACUCGGACGUGUGCAUCGUGAGUGUUGUCCGUGCCUCGGGGCUCGUCGAAGCCCACAACAACAAGGAAGGCCUUCCGGCUCAUCAGCAAAUUCGGCCUUUCGACCAGGUCAUCGCCGUGAACGGCACUUUGGUCUUAAAGUCUCAAGAUUUGCCGAAACAGCUCCAAAUGGCACAGUCCAGCACGGAUUCGUCAGUGACGCUCUCUUUCAAGCACCCCGAGAAGUCUGAGUUUACGAUCGAUCGACAGGGAUCUCUGCUAGGCAUUGGACUCGCCGCAAGCAGGGCCACGCCUUCGAUUCUCGUUAAGAAAAUAGAAGCUGAUGGAGCAAUGAGUCGGAUGAACAAGGCGGAUGGUCGAACAUACCUCAUGCCACAUGACAGGAUCAUUGAGGUCAAUGGUAAGAACUCCACAUCCGAUCGUUCGGCAAUGGCACGUUCAUUGGCAGAGAAUGUGGUGAAGAUCACAAUUUGCCGGUACUACCUCCCGCAGCCGAGAAGCUGCAGCACAUGA